CCCUGCAACUAUCAGAGGAUCCAACACAGCAGUAUAUAUAGGAUGUGGAAUGUCAGAAGCAUGGGAAGCUCUGUCUACAGAUAAUAGUAAUGUGACAGGUUAUUCUCCACUUGGCUGUACCACCAGUAUGUUUGCUAACAGAAUAUCAUUUGCAUUCGACCUGAGGGGUCCUAGCUAUGGUUUAAGAAAUGGUUGUGGCUCUGGUUUGCUGGCAUUAGACAGAGCUGUUUCUAGUUUAAGACUGGGUGACUGUGAUACAGCCAUUGUUGCAGGAUGUAAUUUAUGUAUGAAACCUGCCACCUCUGUUCAGCUAGCAGAAAUGAAUCUAUUGUCUCUGGAUGGUCAGUGUAGAUGUUUUGAUGGCAGGGGAAAUGGCUUUGGAAGGAGUGAAGGAGUUGUUGUGAUGUGUUUACAAAAGAAAGCCAAAGCAAAGAGAGUUUACUGUACAUUGAUUCACUCAAAAUCAGCAACAUUUACUACUGAAAAUAAUAAUUUUAACUUCCCAAAUUUUGAAGAAGAAAGACAGUUUUUACAAGAGACCUACAGAGAAGCUCGUUUAGAUCCCUCACACAUUUCUUACAUGGAGGCCAGCAGUAGCUGUACAAAGAUGUCUGACACGAUUGAAAUGAAUGCUAUUGCUGAUGUGAUCUGUAAAAAUAAAAGUAAACCAUUACUGGUUGGCUCAGUUAAGUCAAACAUUGGUCACACAGAAGCCACAUCAGGACUGGCUGCUGUUUCAAAAGUGAUAAUUGCUAUGGAAGAUGGUGUUAUUCCACCAAAUCUUCAUUACAUAAUGCCAAAUAUCCAGAAUAGACAGAUCAAAGUUGUCAGUGAAAGAACAAGGCUUAAUGGUGAAUAUUGUGCUGUGAACUCUUUUGGACUAGGAGGUGUGAAUGUUCAUACAAUAUUGAAAUCAUAUGACAAAGACAAAAAAUAUCAUUUCGCAAAUGAAAAGAAAAGACUCUGUAUUUACUCCACAAGAACAAAGAAAGGUUUAGAAUCAAUAUUUCAUCUGAUGAAGUCCCAUCAUAAAGAUUCUUACUUGCAUUAUCUGUUAAAUGAAACCAGUGGACCUUGGAAUAAACAGUUGCCUUACAGAGGUUAUGUUGUCCUGAAUGGUCAGAAUCAUAUACAGGAAAUUCAAAAAAUAGAAAUAGAGAACCAGCGUCCAUUAUGGUUCAUUUUCUCUGGCAUGGGCACACAGUGGCCUAAGAUGGGAAGACAGAUGAUGCAAAUAAAUAUGUUUAGAACCUCCAUAAUGAAAUGUGACCGUGCCCUCCGACCACAUGGUAUCAGCUUGUAUGAUAUGAUUAUGGAAGGAGAUGUCAAUGUAUUUGAUUCAGUCACCAAUUCUUUUAUAGCCAUCGCUGCUAUACAGGUAGCAUUGGUUGAUAUGUUGUUUAGUAUGAAUAUAAAACCUGAUGGUCUUGUUGGACACUCAGUUGGAGAGCUUGGCUGCGGAUAUGCUGAUGGAUGUCAGACAGCAGAAGAAACAGUUCUGGCAGCUUACUGGAGAGGUUAUUGUAUAGCCGAGGCUAAUCUACCACCAGGAGGCAUGGCAGCUGUAGGUAUGACAUGGGAAGAGGCAAAAAAGAAGUGCCCAGAAGGUGUUAUACCUGCAUGUCAUAAUGCUAAAGGUACAGUUACAAUAUCUGGUCCACUAGAAAAAGUUUCAAACUUUGUAAAGGAAUUGAAGGAGCAACAGAUUUUUGCUAAAGAAGUCAACAGUGCUGGAGUGGCUUUCCAUUCUAGUAUUAUGCAUAAGGUAGCACCAAGGUUGAAAGAGGAAAUGUCAAAGGUUUUAAAACCAAAACCAAGAACAAGCAAAUGGAUCAGUUCAUCAAUCCCAGAAGCAAAAUGGAACACUGACCUUGCUAAAAUGUCAUCAGCAGAUUAUCUUGUAAACAACUUGGUCAGUCCAGUGCUUUUUCAGGAAGCUUUAAAACAUAUUCCAUCAAAUGCUAUAGUUAUGGAGAUUGCACCACAUGGUCUGUUACAGGCUGUUUUAAAGAGAUCAUUAGAUUCUUCUUGUUCAAUGGCUAGUCUAAUGAAGAGGGAGCAUCCAUGUAAUCCAGACUUCUUCUUCUCAAAUUUGGGAAAAUGCUACAUCCAGGGAGUAGAUUUCAAUCCACUUGGAAUUUUCCCUCCAAUUGAACAUCCUGUGCCAAGGGGAACCCCAAUGAUAGCUCCUGCAAUCAAAUGGGAUCAUGCAAAGUCUUGGCAUGUUCCAGAAAAUGCCCAGUUCCUCAGUGGAAGUUCAGACAGACAGGCUGAGUCAAGGUUUGAAAUUGAUGCUUCAAAGAAUACUAAAGAUAAAUUUUUGGUUGGUCACAAGAUUGAUGGGCGUGUCCUGUUCCCUGCUGCUGGUUACAUUGUCCUAGCAUGGAAGGCAUUGGCAAAAUUUCAUGGGAAGAUCUUCAACCGCAUGCCAGUCGUAUUAGAAAACAUUAAAAUACACAGAGCUACAUUGAUACCUUCUAAAGGUAGUUUGAACUUUGAAGUCAACUUGAUACCAGAUUUAAGAGAGUUUGAGAUUUGUGAAGGAGAUGGACUGGUUGCUAGUGGAACUAUCUAUUCUCCUUCUGAACCUAUAUGUAGUUACAGCAGGGAUGGAGUUAUGCCUCCCACAAGCCCUCGUAAAAAGAAGGAGAUAGAAAUAUUGCCAUCAGACAUCUAUAAAGAAUUGAGGCUGAGAGGUUAUGAAUAUGAAGGAGAUUUUAGAGGCAUUUUCAAAGCUGUAAACAGGGGAAAUAUUGGUGAUUUAUUGUGGAGUAAUAAUUGGAUAACCUUCCUGGACACUAUGAUGCAAAUGAACCUGUUGACAAGACCAGGAUCUGACCUUAUCCUGCCCACUGGAAUCAAAUCAAUGAAAAUAGAUCCAGAAACCCAUGUGUCUUCUAUGAAAUGGAAUGAUCCAUUGACUAUUCCUGUUUUUCUUGACAUGUACUCUGAUACAACUACAGCUGGAAGUGUAGAGAUGUAUGGACUUCAGCUGACUUCUGCACCCAGGAAGCAAAACCAACAACCAGUAACACUGGAAGAAUGCGUGUUUAUACCACACAUUGAAGUAGGAGGAAAAGAUCUGUCUCCAGAAGAUCUAAAGGAAUACUGUUCAAAGUGUUCAUCCAUUGCAGCCAAUGGCAUUCUGAGAAUGAUGGGUAUGGAGGGAUUGGACUUUGCAAAUUUUAAUAUGCUAAAGCAAGUCUCUAAAUCUUUGAAACCUGUUAGAUUCAUUGAAAAUGUGGAAAGGUUUUGGAAAUUACCAAACAAUGGGUUAUUUAUAGUCCUUAAUAAACUUUUCAGUAUGUCUGCAGAUAAUUUUGUACAAAACAUCAAGAGAGUUCUGGAAGCAUACAAGUCUGGGCUUGUGAUUGAUAGACUUCUGUCUAACCUUAUACAGUCAAGGUCACUGAAACCAUGCCUUGACCUUGUCAUUGAAAACAGUACAGUGAGCACCAUGAAAGUACUGGAGUUGGAAUCACCAGCAGAUAGUAUUACUAAAUUAGUGUUAGAUCAUUUAAAUAGCCAACCUAUGGUAUUCAUUGAUUACACAAAAGUUACUUCGGAAGAAUCUGACGAUAAGACAUCUGGUAUAAAACAGAUGUUGUGGGAUGUUGAUGAAAAUCCUCCAGAAAACUUAAGUGGAAUGAGACUAGUCAUUGCUCACAACUUUUUACAUAGACAAAGCAAUGUUCAAAAAUCCUUAAAGAAUAUUAGCAAAGUACUUGAUGAUGAUGGGUUUUUACUGGUACAUGAAAUAACACACAAUGUCCACCUACACUUAGCAGUCAUGGGUCUUUUGUCAGAACUUCCAGUAUCAGCAGAGACCAGAUCUGUUGCCUGUUAUUUUAAUGAAGAAAAAUGGUUGGAGUUGUUUGAGAAGGAAAAUUUCCAAGUUGUAUCACAAAAAUCAGAUGGCUUGCUGAAUACAAUCUUUCUUCUUCGUAAGAAACUUCCAAAUGUACUGCAAUCUCAAACUGUAUUGAAUAUAGACCUAGACAUCACAAAAUCUGUAGAAGAUUUGAAGAAAAAGUUACUGGAAGUUGCUGAAAAGCCUAAGGGAGAUAACUUGUGGUUAUUGGCCAAUGACAAUAAUAGUGGUGUUGUUGGUAUGGUCAACUGCUUGAGAAAAGAACCUGGAGGGGAGAAAAUAAGGUGUUUUUUGAAUACAUCAGAUUCAGAUAGACCUCUGUCAGAGGAAUUAGUCAAACAUGAUAUGGUUAUGAAUGUAUGGUGUGAUGGAUCUUGGGGCUCAUUCAGACAUCUGCCCAUAUCUCCUGCACAGAUACUGGAAAAGAAGUCAAAUGGCUUCAUAGAUAUAGCUAGAAAAGGAGAUUUGUCCAGUCUAUAUUGGAGGGAUCAGAUUAAACAAACGUGUUCACAGAAGUCUGAUGUUGCCUGUAAGAUGCACUAUGUGUCACUUGGUAUCAAAGAUCUGAUGUUUACCAUGGGCAGAAUCCCUGCUGACCAGAAAUUUCAUCUAGGGACAGAGUUUUCAGGAGUAAAUGAGAAGGGAAGGAGAGUAAUGGGAGUCAUUGAUGGACAGGCAUUGGCAACAGAUGCAAUUGUUAGUAAGGAAUGUCUUUUUGAUAUUCCUGAAGAAUGGUCUUUAAGUGAAGCAGCAACAGUACCAUCAGCAUUUGGCCUGGCCUAUUAUGCCCUGACCAUGAAGGGAGAAAUCAGUAAAGGAUCCAGCAUCCUGAUAGCCAAUGCCUCUUCAUCACUUGGUCAAGCUGCUGUUUCCAUAACUGCUUUUAUGGGAUGUCAGAUAUUUGCUUUAGUUAGUACUCUUGAGUGUCAGCAGUACUUGAAGUUGAGAUACCCAUCAUUACAGAACAUUCACAUUAUAGACAAGAGUAAGCAGUUUGAAGGAGAAAUUUUAAGGCAGACCAAAGGAAAAGGAGUAGAUACAGUAUUUACUUCAACAUCAGGAAAUUUGCACCAACUGGUUUUAAGUGCUUUAAAAGAUGGAGGAAAAUACCUAGAUUUGAGUUCUGAUUUUAGUAAUAAUUUAAUUGACAAAGACAUUUUGCAUGAGAAUAUAACUUACUACCACAUCAGGACAGAUCAUUUUAUGCCAGAAGAAUUAACAAGUAUAAAGGAACUGGUCAGUCAAGGCAUAAAGGACAAAGUGGUACAUCCUCUGGACUUCAGUUAUUAUAAACAUACAGAAAUCCAAAAAGCAUUUCAACAGAUACAGGACCCAAAUAAUCUAAAGUCUGUACUUAUACAAAUAAGAGAGGACUCAGAAGACAUUAAAAUAUUAACUGAACCCAAACUUUGUUCACCAGACAAGUCCUACAUUUUAGUUGGAGGUCUGGGUGGAUUUGGUCUAGAACUAGCUGAGUGGCUUGUAAAUGAAGGAGCCACAAAACUGAUACUGACAUCAAGGUCUGGCAUAACAACUGGGUACCAGGAAAGAAAACUAAGGCUACUAAGAGAAAGAAACAUCAAUUUAAUGGUGUCAUCUAGAAAUGUAACAACUGAGGAAGGGUGCAGGAAACUGUUAAAGGAAACUCGGGAUAUUGGACCAGUAGGAGGAGUCUUCAAUUUAGCCAUGGUUUUAGAAGAUGGCUUGUUUGAGAACCAGACACCAGAAAACUUUAAGAAAGUUUGUGAACCAAAAGUAGAUGGUACAAUGAAUUUAGAUAAAGUGACAAGGGAUUGUUGUAAGGACAGUCUGGACUGGUUUGUGGUGUUCUCAUCCAUAACAUCUGGACGUGGAAAUGUUGGUCAAACUAAUUAUGGAUAUGCUAAUUCAGCUAUGGAAAGAUUGUGUGAACAGAGAAAGAAAGAUGGUGUUCCAGGAUUAGCCAUACAGUGGGGAGCUAUAGGUGAUGUGGGAGUGGUUAUAGAUAAAAUGGGAGGUAAUGAUACAAAUGUAGGAGGGACAUUACCACAAAGAAUGUCGUCUUGUCUAAGUACUUUGAGGAAGUUGAUGACCCAAUCAUAUGCAGUAGCAUCUAGCUUUGUACAGGCAGAAAAGACGGUAGAGACAGGGCAAGAUGAACAGGAGAGGAAGCUAACACCAUUAAAUGCUGUAAUGAAAGUUAUUGGAAUAACAGACACUGAAAAUGUAAACUCAAGUACUCAACUUAUUGACCUAGGCCUUGACUCCCUGAUGACAACUGAAAUCAGACAAGUAAUGGAGAGACAGUUUGGUAUACCCUUGAAAGUGGAUGAAAUAAGGAACCUUACAAUUAAACAACUCAGGGAAUACAGUAAAGACAAAGAUACCAAACAACAGAAGGUUAAACAAGAGGAAGAAGUAAAGCAUCAUGGGAUUACAGCAGACAUUCUCAUUCCAGUGGAAGAGAUUGUUCCUAUCAAAAUAGUUGAGAAUGAUCCUGAACCCGUCUUUAUUGUUAAUAUGCUACCGGAAACUCUUGAGACAUUUAAACCUUUAACUGAAGAUGAACAUCACAGUUUCUAUGUUAUACAAUGCACAGAUGAUUCACCUUUAUAUUCUAUUCAAGCCUUAGCUGGUCACUUUUUACAGGAGAUAGACCUGUUGCAUCAAGAUAAACCUGUACAUCUGGUUGGUUAUUCUAUUGGAGCCAGGUUGUGUUUAGAGAUGGCAUUUCAGAAACCAGACAGUCCUACCAAUCCUGGUGUCAAAAGUUUAACUUUAAUUGAAUCACCUCUGCCAUUGAUUGAGAAAAAACUGAAAUCAAUAGAACCUGCUCUGGAUAGAAAGAGAGAAAUUCUGUUGUCACUGUUGCAUGUUCUAAAGUUGGAUAAAGAUCUUGAGGUACCCAGUAAAUCUUCUCAUGAAAUGGUAGAGAAAGUGUGUACCAUUAUAGCACAAAACAGUAAUGGACAGGUCCAAACCCAAGACAUUGUUAGGGCAGUUCAGUCAUUUUUACAGAGGAUGCAGAUCAUAAUAAGUUACAUGCCAGACGGAAUGUAUGAUGGCAGAACAGUUAUUGUUACACCAGAGGAUAUGACUGACUCACAGGCUCAGAAGUAUUUCAAGCAAAGUAUCCUGCAUGUGCCACUUGGAAUUGAGGAUGAGACAUUUACAGACCAAACUGUAUCAGCAAUCAAGACCGUACUACACAAUAACAUUUCACAUUGAGGAACAUUUGUUUGACUUUAUACUAUUAGUGCUAUAUAUAUUGUUUGCUGAAUUUUUUCUAAAUUGAAUUUAUCGAUCUUGAUUAAAUUAGAUAUUGUGUUCUUAAUAUAUGUAU